AAAUAGAUUCACUCGGUCAGCAUCAGUCACUCAACAAAGAGCAGGCUCAUAUGUUUACUAGUAACUUUAUCAAUUCGUGCGUGUAAAGGAAAGUGUUAACUGAGGAAAAAUUAGUUUCGAUCUAGGAAUCUGCUCCAAAGUUACAUAAAUUUUUAAAAUUUAUCCAGAUUUCUAAAUAGAGCCAUGUCUACGGACGUAAGGGGAGUUAUAUUAUCUGGAACUGAAGUGGCAAGAGAAAUCCGUCAGGGCUUAGUCAGAGAUGUAAAUGCUUUAAAAGAGAAAUUACCCGAUUUUGCACCCGGCUUGGCUAUCGUCCAAGUGGGUGCGCGAGAAGACUCGAAUGUCUACAUUAAGAUGAAAAUGAAUGCGGCCCGCGAGAUAGGAGUCAACGUCCAACAUGUUCAACUUCCUAACACCACGACAGAAAUCGAUCUUAUCAACAAAAUCAAUAAACUGAAUAAGGAUCCAGGAGUCCAUGGAAUUAUUGUACAAAUGCCGCUCGACAGUAUCCAUAAAAUCAAUUCAAACUUGAUCACCGAUCUAGUAUCACCGGAGAAAGACGUCGAUGGAUUAAAUACUAUUAAUGAAGGUCGAACUGCAAUCGGUGACACGUCUGGAUUUUUACCAUGCACUCCAAACGGUUGUAUCGAGUUAAUUAAAAGGAGCGGCGUACCUAUUGCUGGCGCUCAAGCUGUUGUUUUAGGAAGAAGCAAGAUUGUCGGCACUCCCGCAGCUGAAUUAUUAAAAUGGCAGAAUGCUACCGUAACAGUUUGUCACUCAAAAACGAAAAAUCUCCCUCAUGUUGUACGUCAAGCUGAUAUUUUAGUGGUGGGCAUAGGGCAACCCAAAUUUGUUAAAGGUGAUUGGAUUAAACCAGGUGCCGUUGUCAUCGAUUGCGGCAUUAAUUCCAUACCAGAUCCGACGAAGAAAAGUGGAUAUCGUCUAGUGGGCGACGUAGAGUACGAAGACGCUGCCAAGGUAGCUUCAUACAUCACUCCAGUACCGGGCGGCGUUGGCCCGAUGACAGUAGCGAUGUUGAUGAAAAACACCGUGAUAUCCGCGCAAAGGUCGGCGCAGAAGCUACUGAGCACUCAAUGGGAUCUUCGAAUACUUAAAAUAUCUCCUGUGAAACCUGUACCGAGCGACAUCGACAUAUCCAGGAGUCAAGAACCGAAACUGAUUGCUACAUUAGCCGACGAGAUUGGAUUAACGCCGAACGAGUUUAGCCCUUACGGUAGCACAAAAGCCAAGAUCGGUCCCAACGUGUUGCAACGACUGAAGAAUCAACAGAAUGGAAAGCUCGUCGUAGUAGCGGGUAUCACGCCGACGCCGUUCGGCGAGGGAAAAAGCACAACUUCGCUGGGCUUGGUGCAAGCGCUAACGGCGCACAAAGGUAAAAAUUCCUUCGUCACCCUGAGACAACCUAGUCAAGGACCUACAUUCGGCGUUAAAGGAGGAGCUGCCGGAGGAGGAUAUUCGCAGGUGAUUCCUAUGGAGGAGUUCAAUCUUCACCUGACCGGCGAUAUUCACGCUGUCAGCGCCGCGAAUAAUCUUCUAGCGGCGCAAAUCGACGCACGAUACUUCCACGAGUCAACUCAACCUGAUAAAGCCCUGUACGAUCGCCUGGUACCGACUAUCAAGGGCGUUAGACAGUUCUCGAAAAUACAACUGAGACGAUUGCAGAAACUUGGUAUCGCUAAAACUGAUCCGAAUGCGUUGACGCAGGAAGAGCAACGUCGAUUCGCAAGAUUGGACGUUGAUCCGGCGAACAUCACAUGGACACGAGUGGUGGAUAUUAACGACCGAUUCUUGCGGAAGAUCACCAUCGGUCAGAGCUCAACCGAGAAAGGCAAGACGAGAGAAACGUCGUUCUGCAUUUCCGUCGGUUCCGAAAUAAUGGCAAUCCUGGCUUUGUCGACCAGUAUCGAGGAUAUGAAGACGCGGCUUAGUAACAUCGUUGUCGGAUUUAGCAAAAGUGGCGAGCCUUUAACUGCUGACGACUUUGGCAUGACAGGCGCAAUGGCGAUUCUGUUGAAAGAUGCCAUAGAACCGACACUUAUGCAAUCAUUGGAGGGCACACCAGUAAUGGUACACACUGGACCAUUCGCGAAUAUAGCCCACGGAUGUUCAUCUAUUAUCGCAGAUGCAAUUGCUCUAAAAUUGGUCGGACCGGAAGGUAUUGUAGUAACGGAAGCCGGAUUCGGAUCGGAUAUCGGUAUGGAAAAGUUCUUCGACAUCAAGUGUCGUACCUCGGGACACAUACCACACGCUGUCGUACUCGUGGCGACUAUCAGAGCAUUGAAGAUGCACGGCGGCGGGCCGCCGGUGACAACUGGAGCACCUCUUAAGAAAGAAUAUCUCGAAGAGAAUAUCGAACUCGUUAGAAAAGGCCUGCCAAAUCUGCAGAAGCACAUCAGCAAUGGUCUGAAAUAUGACGUGCCCGUAAUUGUCGCCAUCAACUCUCACAACACCGAUACCCAAGCAGAGCUAGAUCUCGUUAGACAAGCAGCGUUGGAUAGCGGUGCCGCUGAUGCAGUGAUAUGUACUCAUUGGGCCGACGGUGGUGCUGGUGCCACAGCACUUGCAGAUGCAGUGAUAGCUGCCACUGAGAAACCUAGUAAUUUCAAGCUCUUAUACAAUCUCGAGGACAGCAUCGAGGAAAAAAUCAAUAAAAUAGCCAAAGAAUUGUAUGGCGCAGGUCAAGUCGUCCUUGCGGAAAAGGUGCAGCAAAAGAUCGAAAAUUACAACAAAUUAGGAUACAACAAAUUCCCAAUAUGUAUGGCAAAAACAUCGAAUUCAUUAACUGGAAAUCCAUCUAUCAAAGGUGCACCAACCGAUUUCACUCUCGAUAUUAACGACAUAUUCGUUUCCGUCGGCGCCGGAUUCGUUAUUCCCAUAGUGGGAGAAAUUAUGAUGAUGCCUGGACUUUCAACUAGACCGAGUAUUUAUGAUAUGGAUUGGAAUAGCGAAACAGGUGAAAUAGAAGGUUUGUUUUAAACGGGAUAAUUGUGUUUCUAACGAUAAAAACAUUUCUACAAUAUGUGAUGUAUUAAUAAAUUAGCAAUUUAUAUACCAAUAUAUAAUUAUCAAUAAAUGUUUUUUUACAAGUUUCAA